GCGACAGUAAAAUUUUCUGGGUAGAGUACAUGGCAGCGAUCUAAAGGGGCCUGUGAAGCCAUAUACGACUUUGGAUGGUAUUGUUCACUAAGCCAUGUGGCUGUGAACGCGGGGCAAUGAGGAAAUACGAGGCUCAGCAGGAGGAAAAUCCUAAUAUGUAAAAACAAGGAAGACAGAAUUUCCCCUGCUGGCCAUUUUCACAUGCGCAUUCUAUUCAAGCGGUUAUAGUAUAGCAUAAAACUUCAACCAUGGCAACAGAACUCGCGCUACUCAAACAACCCAUCGCUCUUCGCCCAGAGCACAUCGCCUCGGUCCCCACCACACUCCGCAUUAAACACGCAAAUCGGACCGGGGUUGACUACAAAGUCACAACUGUCGCGCCCGAAGCCGGCAGCUCUUCCAAGGGCUCAGAGUCACCGGUGCUAUUCACCGUCGACGGCGAAUUCACAUCAUGGAGUCAGCGACGGAUCUUCCGCGAUGCCAUUGGUCUCCCCCUAUUUAACCUUCGUCGGAAAGCAGCCGGCGUGACAUUCUUCAUUGAGAUUCCUGGCGAUGAGGACCGUCCAUUGGCCACGCUUGCGCCCAGAUCGAGUGUUUUCAAGGACAAAUGCGAUAUCUAUCUUGCAAAUGCUGCUGCGGACGGAGAGGAGGUAUUACUCGAGGUGCGCGGGCAGGAUAUCUGGAAGAAGUGGACGCAUGUCUAUUUCAACGGUGCUCUGGUGAUGAGGACGAAGUUGGCAGAUAUGGUCGCCGUGUAUGUACCAGGGAAGCGCAUUUCAUGGGAGGCGGAAGUCGCAGAGGGCAUGGAUCUUUCGCUGGUAUGUUUGGAGCACGUCCUAUGGUUGUCCAAUCACUGACUCACUCACAGGCAUCGGCCAUUACGGUUUUCCUGGCUGAGAAUCUGUACAAUUCCAGUUAUCCAUCGUCGCACUCAUCUAAUGGGAAAAAGCCGGAGGAUGCUGAUCCAACAGAUGUCAUCCAUACAGCACCUAAUAAAUGAUUUAUGCAAUUGUAUAAUAAAGAAGAUCACAAUAGACGUAAAAUAACAAACUAGGUCUGACUGAUCAUGAUAUUUGUUAUGGUUUCUGCCCGUGAUGUAUCACCCG